AUGUCACAACGUAGCAUCAGCAAUAAAGGAAACGAUAACCAAUCAGAGUGUGCGUGCUUGAGGAGCACUCGCUCAUCUGGUUUGUCAUCCAGCUCAAAGAUUAGCAUGGCUGUCGCCAUGGCCAAGGCAAAGGCCGAAGCAGCACAAGCUCGAGCGGCGCACUCGCAAAGGGAAAUUGAACUGAAAGUGGAGCAAGCCCGUAUCCAAGCUAACCUCGACGCAUUAAAUGCUGAGAAAGAUAAAGAUGCUGCAAUAGCAGAGGCGAAUACUCUUUUGGCUGGUCUUCAAGACAUGGGCUUUGAGGUACGCAGCGAAGCUAACGACCCGCAUCUCCAAUCCAAAGUCCAGUGUGUUGCCUCUUAUGUGUCGGAGCAAGCCAGCCUGUCCAACAAAAGUUUAUCUGCUAAAAGAGAGAGCGACAACGCUUCACCAACCUGUUAUUCGCCACAUCCCCAACCAACUGUCAUCACUCCGUCUCAGCUGCCCAACACAAGCCGAGCACAAGCUGCUACACCCACUGAAACUGUGCAAGGUCAAGACCCCCAACCCUUUCAGAUCAGCGGUGCACCACCAAAGCAAGGACUUUACAAGCCUCUCAACCACAGUCCAACUUUUCAACCUCGUGAGGAAUGCUCACAACAGAACUUCAACAUGGAUCCUCCAUGUCCUGCUCUCCAGUCCGCUCACAGGACAUCCAACGGAGCCAGCCAAGAUUAUCCUGCAUCCACAGGAGACCUCAUCAAAUACCUCGCUCGUAACCACCUGGUUACUUCGGGCCUCACCGUAUAUGAUGAACAGCCAAUGAACUAUUGGGCCUGGAAAACAUCGUUCCAAAAUGCUAUUGCCGACCUUGAUCUGUCUGCUGCUGAAGAACUCGACCUCCUCACAAAGCACCUGGGAAAAGAGUCAGCAGAGCAGGUGAGAAGAAUAAGAACAGUUAAUAUUAGGGAUCAAAUUACUAGACUGUACAUGGCAUGGAGACGUCUCGAUGAAGUAUACGGCUCACCAGAGGCCGUUGAACAGGCUUUAUUCAACAAACUAGAGAACUUUCCAAAGGUCACAAUGAAGGAUCCACAGAAACUCAGGGAUCUAGCCGACCUGCUGUCUGAGUUGCAAGCUGCUAAGGAAGACGGCUACCUCGCCCCUAUGACCCCUGUCAUAUUUGGACACUUCCAGAGGAAUCAGACCUAUUAUCGAGAAACUCCCCUACAACUUGCAAGAAAAAUGGCUGUAUUUCGGGACAAGAUACAAACAGGAGCACUUGGUCACCUUCCCACCUUUUUGUGUACUAGUGAACUUCAUCUCUACAGAAGCAAGAGCUUGCACAGAUCCAAGCUUCAACUUCUUCGCUCAAGCCCAAGCGCCAGUAGAGAGAAAGAAUAAGUGGGAGAGGCCAGCAAAAACAUCUGUAUACGUCCACAAGACGCAGGUUUCAGGAACUGCUAAUACUGAAUCUAGAGAAGGUACAGAACGAAUCGAUCCCAACAAACACUGCCCUCUGCAUAAAAAGCCCCACCCUUUGAGGAAGUGCAGAGGCUUCCAUGAGAAGAGCAUAAAUGAUCGCAAGCAGCUUUUGAAAGAGCAUUACAUCUGUUUUCGCUGUUGCUCCUCAACAGAGCAUCUUGCAAAGAACUGCACAGUUGAGAUAAAGUGCACAGAGUGCCAAAGCACUGCUCAUGUAACAGCACUUCACCCCAACACACCUACUUGGAAAUCCAAGUCGUUCCCUUCCACUUCAGAGGAUGGCGGGGAGGAGGACAAAGCGGACAGCCAGGAGGUCAAGUUGAUGUGCACUAAGGGUGUGGAAAAUAAUCUAUAUUAAUCGAUGCAUCGAUGCGCAUGUGCGCGAUGCGACUGCGUCGGCUCAUUCACUGGGUAUCGAUGCAAUUGACGGAUGAAAUCUAGAUUCAUCUAGAUGCGUUGGUGGGUAUCGGUAAAAUCCGAUGCAAGCACCGUUUUAUUCAUGUUAAACUUCACCCCAUCUGCUGUUCCCCAGGCGCAAUGAAUGCACCAUCAUUAUUUCGCGUUUUGUAUUGAAUACGGACAGAAGCCGUGAGGGAAAUUUAAUACACUACAAGUAAAACAGCAUGGACCGCGUUCAAGUGAGUAGCAGCGAGGAAGAGUUUAUUUGUAAUGCACCCGCUACGUUUAAAUCCUAUGUUUGGAAACACUACGGAUUUGCAAAGAAAGACGGAAAGCUCGACAAAACAUUCGUCAUUUGCAAGGAAUGCCGCGUUAAGAAGCCGUACAACGGCAGCACGACAAACAUGCAAACCCACUAAAAAGGGGACACCACAUCACCGACAAGUCUAACGCCACCUCCCCCGCCUCCCCGUCUAGUUCCUCGUCGGACACCGGAGAAAAAAAGAGCAAAUCAGGUCAGGAUCAGAAAAGUGUCGCUUCUUAUUUUGGGGGUCCUCUCGCAGCAAACUGUGACCGCGCAAUGGCUAUAACUAAAGCCACUGCUUACUUCAUAUGUAAAGACAUCCAGCCUUACAGCGUGGUAGGAAACGAGGGCUUCAGACAGCUCAUGCACGUUUUGGAACCCAGAUAUAAAAUACCAGACAGGUCUGUCUUCACUGACAAACAUAUUCCCGAUCUGUACAACAAAGUGAGAAGUGAGAUUGUUGUGUCGCUGAACAGUGCACAAAGAGUUGCUCUUACAGUGGAUGGGUGGACGUCUUGCGCCACUGACUCAUAUAUAACAGUGACGGCACACCACAUUGACACGGAGUGGGAAAUGCAAAACUUCGCUCUCCAGACCAGAGCUUUCCGUGAGUCUCACACCGGAGCUAAUCUUGCAGCGUUACUGCGCGACGUUAGCCGCGAGUGGAAGAUUAGCGACAAGAAGCCAGCGUUAGUCACGGAUAAUGCAACAAACAUGAUACUGGCUGGGUCUGGAGCAGAAAUGAAGCCGCAUAUGCGAUGCAUAGCACACACACUUAAUUUGUCCUCGCAAAAAACAUUUAAAGCAGACCAGGUGGAACCUAUCAUGGUGAAAAUAAGGAGAGCCGUUACAUUUUUUCACAAAAGUACCUAAGCAUCUGAUGCUCUCCGUGAUCAGCAGCACAACUUGGGUCUGGCACACCACAAGCUAAUUCAUGAUGUUUCCACACGGUGGAAUAGUUCCCUUGAGAUGUUGGAGCGUUAUUGGGAACAGAAGGAUGCUGUGGCGGCAGUAUUAAGGAAAAUCAAGCCAAGGGGAGAACCACUGCCUCUCCUCUCAGAUGAGGAGAUGAAAGUUAUCCCAGAAAUUGUGAAACUGAUGUCCCCCCUGAAACUGGCAACCAAGCUCCUCAGCGAGGAAAAGACCCCCACCAUCUCCAUCGUUUCCCCUUUACUGGCCAAACUACGGUCAGAAUUUGGAGAAAACCACAGCGAUCUAGCAGUCAUUGGCAAGAUGAAAGAAAAUUUCAGACAGGACUUUGAUUCCCGCUACAACUACAUUCAAGACUUCCUCAACAAUGCCUCAGCCCUUGACCCCCGCUUCAAAGACCUGCACUUCAUGGAUGCUGACAACACUGCAAAGGACGUGAUAUUCCUGAGGAUAGCAGAACAAGUGGAGGAUAUGGUAGGAAAUACAAUAUUAUCAGCAGUUAGUUUUACUCUCAUUAUUUUCUGUCUCACUUAAGGGUUUUCUGUUUUAGUUCUAAUGACAUUAUAUGUAUUUAUUUAUUUCACAAGGAAAAUAUAUUAACACUUAUGCUAGUUUUCAACACUUGUCCAAGUUGGCUUUUCUAGAUGAUGAUGAUGAUGAUGAUAAUCUCAGCUGCUCUCUGCUCUGAUGAUUGUCAGGCAAGGGCUGAUGGUAUGCUGGAUGAUGAGAGCCAGGCAGCUCAAGCAGAAGGUGAUGGGAGAGGCCACAGGGAGGAGGAGGAGGAGAAGGAGGAGGAGGACGACAAUGAAAAUGAUGUGGAGGAGAUGGAGGAAGAUGAGAGUGGUUUGUUUUUGGGACUUGGUUUUGUUAUCUAUAAUAGUGCAUUGAUUUGAAAAUAGGAGUGAUGAUGAUAUUGUAAUGCAGUUAUAUGGUAUUUAACUAAUAACUAAUUUAAUAUGCUGAUAUUAUUGUAAACAAAAGCACAGCUUCGCGCAGCUGCAUGUUAAUUAAUUUGGAGCAUUACAAAGUGUUAUGAGACUGUGCUAUUUUUUAUGAUUCCUGUUAAUGUAUCAGCACCAAGAGGAGGAUGUGCAUUAUACUGUUUUUUUUGUUGUUUGUGUUUGUGAUAGUUUUGUAGACAUAUUGUUGUGACUCAUAUUUCUUUUGUCCUGUCUUGCUUUGUCUUGUCUACCCUAGAUGAUGAGCCAGAACCUCCCAAGAAGAAGUCAGCCAUGGACCAGUUGCUUGGAGGUUUCCUCGCUCCUAGAGCACCAGAGAAGACCAUAAGGGAGAGAGCUAAGGAGGAAAUAACAAAAUACAGGGGGAGGAAUGGGUUAGAUGUCAAUGGUGACGUGUUGCAGUGGUGGAAAGAACAAGUGGAUCUUCCACUGCUUUCAAAUUGGCCAGGAGCUAUUUGUCCAUCCCUGCAACAAGUGUCCCCUCUGAACGAGUGUUUAGCACAGCAGGCGACAUCAUAACAGCAGAGCGCAGUUGGCUUCUUCCUGAACAUGUGGACCAGCUAAUCUUCCUGAAAAAAAACCUGAAGCAACGCCAUAUGACAUGCAUCACAAAGUGAGGUGUGGAUAGUGAGAGUGGCAUUUAAAAAAAGAAAAGAAAAUGAAAACAGAUCUUUCUCUAAUUCUUAUGGACAUUUCAUGAGACACUCAGUGAGAGUAGUCUGUUUACACUACAAUACACACAGCAACUUUGAGCCUGUGACUGCCAUAUUGUUUAAAUUAUAUUUUACUUUAUGUUAUAUAGAGAUGGACAUUUCAUAUAAGACACUCAGUGAGAGGUGUCUGUUUGUGUUUAGACUACAGCAGCAGCUUUAAGUCUCAGGUGCCAAAUUGUUUACAUUUUCUUUGCACAAAACCCAAUUGUGAAAGGGUAUAAGUUGUUUUACACUUUCUUCUCACUACUGUAUUAGCCUACCUCCUAGUGAGUUCAUAUUAACAGUAUGUUUGGCAGACAGGAAUAUGAACAAACAUUGAUUGCACUGUUGAAAGUGUCACUUUAAGUUACUCAUUGAGAGUGUUUUGUUGUUGCUGUUUACUGUACUUUUUACAGCAGUAAUUAUUGUUUAAUUGUUUUACUCUUUUGUUAUUGCAGAACUCACUCAGAUCACUGAUUUUCAGUGACCAGUUAGAAAGUCAACUCUAGCACAUUGGUUUGGCAGACAGUAGUAUAGCCAUUGAAUGGUUUAUUUGCACCAUGUUAGGCAGUGCAUUAGUUGUUUAAUAAUGUGUACUGUAAUAUUACCCAACAAGUAAAGAGCACUUGUGUGAUGUAGGGUUGGGAUUGGAAUCCUUUUUUUUUUUGAUUUUUUGAUUUUAUUGAUUCAGAUUCCUUAACAGUUGCAGGAGGUCUGUCUAAUCUGUGUAACUGUACAAAAUGGAACCCAAAGGAGCAUAGAAAAAAGACAAAAAGCACUUUUGUUGAAUUUACUGCCAAGUGCCUAUAAGGAAUAAAGCCAAAUCCUUUUUGUAGUACCAUACUGAAUUCCACUUUUUUUUUAAUUUCUUUUUUUUCUUUGCUUAUUUGCAUCAUGUUAAAUUGCAUCAUAUCGCAACAGAUUGCAUCAUAUCGUAUCGGAUCGCAUUGAUUUGAACUAAAUGAUUAUCGCAUCGUAUCGCAUCAUGAAGAGGGUGAAUCGUAUCGCAUCGUAUCGCCAGAAAAUUCCAUGUAUCGUUAAAGUAUCGUAUCGCUGGCAGUGCAUCGAGAUGCGUAUUGAAUCGUCCUCAGUGCUGAGAUUCACACCCCUAAUGUGCACACAGGUAUGCGGUGAAGGAUUGAGUGCCAGAGCAUGUGCUAAGAUCUGUCUCGUUAGCGUGUUCCCGAAUGGAUGCGACUGGAUCGAUGGAUCGAGUUCCAGGGAGGAGUCAAAGAGAAUGUACGCCAUAUUGGACGAACAGAGCAACCGCUCCCUGGCACGGUCUGAGUUCUUCGAAAUUUUCAAGAUCUCCGGAAGCUCCUAUUCUUAUACACUCAAGACCUGUGCAGGCCGUACAGAGACGGCGGGGAGGAGAGCCAUCGGUUACACAGUAGAGUCGGUGAAUAAGGAAGUAAGCGUUCGUUUGCCUACACUCCUCGAGUGCAAUCAAAUCCCUAACGUCUGCACCGAGAUCCCUACACCAGAUGCAGCUUACCAUCAUGCCCAUCUGAAACACAUCGCCGACAAGAUUCCACCCUUAGAUCCUGAUGCUAAAAUACUCCUCUUACUAGGCAGAGACAUCUUAAGGGUCCACAAGGUCCGAGAGCAGAUAAGCGGUCCUGGAGAUGCACCGUUUGCACAAAGGCUUGACCUAGGAUGGGUUGUCAUCGGUGACGUGUGCCUUGGAGGCGCUCAUAGACCACCCGAGGUCAGAAGUUAUAAAACAGCCAUCUUAGAGAAUGGUCGUGCGAGUCAUCUUCAGCCAUGUGACAACCACAUCAGAGUGAAAGAGGUAUUCGGUCAAGCACCUAAACAUCAACAUUAUCCGACACCAACUUCCACCUGCGGCUUGAUGAGCCUCACUGGAGACUGCUUGGGUCAGACCGUCUUCGCUCGUUCUCUUGAUGACCACAGACUGGCUCCAUCCAUGAAAGAUUUAGAGUUUCUUAGGAUUAUGGAGUCUGGGUGCUAUCAGGACAACUCCAAAAGCUGGGUCGCACCGUUACCCUUUCGGUCGCCGAGACAGCGACUGCCCAAUAACAGAAAACAAGCUUUUGUCCGUCUUGUCUCACUCCAGCGCUCGUUGGAAAAACGACCACAGAUGAAAGCUGACUUCCUAGAGUUUAUGGAAAAGAUGCUUAAGAAGGCGCACACAGAAGUUGCCCCGCCGGUGCAGCCUGGACAAGAGUGCUGGUACCUGCCCCUGUUUGGGGUGUGUCAUCCCAGGAAGCCGGAUAAGAUCAGAGUCGUCUUCGACAGCAGCGCGUCAUGUGAAGGAGUAUCGCUCAACGAUGUUUUGCUCACUGGCCCUGACCUUAAUAAUAGCCUGUUAGGUGUUCUUUUGAGGUUCAGGAAGGAACAAGUGGCGGUCACUGCAGACAUUGAGCACAUGUUUCAUUGCUUCAUUGUGAAGGAGGACCACCGUGACUUCCUCCGCUUCCUGUGGUAUAGGAACAAUGAUCCAACCUCUGACAUCAUGGACUAUAGAAUGCGGGUCCACCUUUUUGGGAACAGUCCAUCGCCUGCCGUCGCAGUGUAUGGUUUGCGACAGGCAGCCAAAGAAGCAGAAGCCGACUAUGGAAGCGACGCAAGAAAAUUCAUUGACUGUGAGUUCUACGUUGAUGACGCUUUGAAGUCCUUUAGCUCAGAGGAAGAAGCCAUCAGUGUCCUUGGGCGAGCACAGAAGAUGCUUGCAGCCUCUAACCUCAGGCUUCACAAAAUUGCUUCAAAUCGGCCUGCAGUCAUCAAAGCAUUCCCACCCGAAGAUCGAUCCAAGGACGUCAACAGCCUAGAUCUCUUCGUUGAUGAUUUGCCCAUCCAACGUAGCCUUGGAUUGGCCUGGGACAUGCAUACAGACACCUUCAUGUUUCAGAUUGGAGAUGACCAGAAGCCAUUCACCCGCAGAGGGGUGCUCUCGACGGUGAAUAGCCUCUACGAUCCGCUAGGGUUCCUCGCACCCAUCACGGUUCAUGGAAGACUGAUACUCAGAGAACUCACCGCGGCAGCAGAGGACUGGGACUCACCUCUUCCCAAAGACAUGGGGAUCGAGUGGACUAGAUGGAAACAGUCGCUCCAAGAUCUAGAGGGUCUCCAGAUACCAUGCCCUUAUACAUCCUUCUCCACUGCAGGCGCACUGAAAAGAGAACUCUGUGUCUUCGCAGACGCAUCAGUCAAAGCAAUAGCAGCUGUGGCCUACAUGAAGGUGACUAGCCACCAAGUACAGACGGAAAUUGGUUUUGUCUUUGGGAAGGCGAAGUUGGCCCCUCGGCCUGGCUUGACUAUCCCGAGACUCGAGCUUUGCGCAGCAGUACUUGCCGUUGAGAUCGCUGAGAUGAUAGUCGCAGAGAUGGAUACAACAUUUGACAGCAUCACCUACUAUACAGAUAGUAAGGUUGUGUUGGGGUACAUUCACAAUCGGUCUAGGACAGGGGUCUCAAGCUCGCGGCCCGCGGGCCAACUGCGGCCCUCGGGCCAACUGCGGCCCACGGGACUUUAGUUUGUGGCCCCCGCCUUAAAACAAAAGUUUAAUAUUAGUGCGGCCCGCGAGUUUGAUAUGAUUGACACUUUUCAGUGUUGUGUGAGGAGCUGAACGAACCUACCAAUCACGGUGGGGUAUAUGGCUCUCGGGGGCGAGACAUCUGCCGGGCUUAUUGCGAACUCGCGACAUUGUGACCGGAUGCGGAAGCGCCGCGGAACGACGACAACUUCACGGCCAAACUACGGUCACGAGUCACGAGCCGCGAGCCUUCUUGUAGAUCGUUGCAUGAAGUCACACAUGAAAUAACGAGAGAAUCCGGUGUUGUGCGAAAAGGGGAUUGUCUGUCAGAAACUGAGUUCCGGUCGCUUUUAUUGACAAGCAACCAAUACAGUCAUGACACAUACCAAGCACAGAGACAUGUAUCACGUAUUUACAUUGCCCGAUUUCGCUACUAACUUGGGUUCUUUUGGCCAGUUGUAAUAAUAACAAAACGACAAACGUUAAACUUUCAAAUACACACGCCUUUGCUAUAACUACAGUAUAAUACAGCUGUGUGUCCCUGCAUAUUAUGACCGUUUAAUCCAGAGAAAUUGACGUUUUUACGCUCCCGCGACCGGAAAUAUGUUUCUGGCAGACAAUCAUUUUUGGCACAACACCUGUUACACCGGUCAGUUUUCAUUAUUUCAGUAUCUGCAUAUUUGUGUGCAUUUUAUAUUUGUCAUUUUAUGCACAGACGGUGAAAACAUACGGCAUCAGUAUAUCUACACAAGUCCUAGUCUACAGCGCUGGUCUGUCUCUCUCUGUGUGUGUAUAGCCCUGUAGCCGACUUUAAUUCUUGGAUAAAGUGUACAAACGUGUUUAGUACAGCCAGGAAAACAUAGCGGCAUAUCCAUGAUUGUUCUGGAACAACAGCUCGAGGAGCAAGGGCACUUUGAUGGGAUGCUGCGCGUGUGUAAUGUUGCGGCCGCUCCCGCUUCACGCGCUUUACGCUCAGUCGGAACCCGAAAGUUGCUACUCAGCGGGACAGAAAAAAAGCGGAUGAGCAUCUUCAAGCCCUACUGAGGGUCUCGACUGCCUCCUCCCUUAAGCCAAAUGUGGCUCGGCUAUGCAAGAGGAAGCGCUGCCAGGUCUCUAGCAGUAAGAAGUAGGCAGAAGAAGCCAUGUUCAUAACAGUUUAUGUUCAAUGUUCCAUUCAUGUUCAGAAAGUUAAAGGUUAAAGAGCUGUUAAUACAGACAUUUGAAUCUGAAUAAUAAUUACAUUUCUCUAGUCAGCAACUAUAUGUGGUUUAUUCAGUCUUCUAUAUCUGCUGAAUUAUUAUUGUUAUUAUCAUUUUAUUUAUUACUGAUUUAUUUUUUUCUUAUGAGUUGUUAAUUUAUUUAAAUUUUCUAAGACAAAAAAGGAUGAAUAAAUGAAUAAACAAAGACAUUUGAUAACACUGGAAUGUUUUUGUAAGAGCUUUUCUUGUGAAAAACCUGGUGCGGCCCAGCCUCAACCAGAAUCUACGUCCAGCGACCCCCGGGUAAAUUGAGUUUGAGACCCCUGGUCUAGGAGAUUCUAUGUUUACGUACACAACAGAAUCCAGCGAAUCCAUCAAUCACCUUGUUCUGGUCAGUGGAAAUACGUCCCAACGCACCUCAACCCAGCUGACAUCGGGUCAAGAACUGUGACACCAGCCCUGCUUAGUAGCACAACGUGGCUCACAGGACCAGCCUUUCUCCAUGAUGUGUCUCUGCAGUCAUCUGAGUUUCAGGAGACCUACGACCUUAUCGACCCUGACACCGACUCUGAGGUACGUUCUCAGGUCGUGCCAAGUUUCACGCAUGUUACCAGAGAUGUGGUACAUCCACAGCGUUUUGAACGUUUCUCCAAGUUCAGCACUCUCCUCACAGCCAUAGCCCACUUCAUCCACAUAGCUCGUUCCUUCGCUCACUCUGCUCAGAAUGGAUGUCAGGGGUGGCACAUCUGUCUUCCUACAGGAGAAGAGCUAUUGAAAGCUAAAGUGUGCAUUGUGAAGAGUGUUCAGAAUGAGUGCUAUGCGGAAGAACUUAAGUGCAUCAACUCAGGGUCUAACAUUCCAUCCUCCAGCAGCCUGUGGAAGUUGCAUCCCACCAUGGACCAAGAUCAACUUCUCAGAGUCGGGGGCUGAAUUGGCCAGUCAGGCCUCACCAUGAAUGAGACUAACCCCGUCAUUAUUUCCGGUCGGCAUCAUCUUGCAUACCUGCUUGUGUCUCACUACCACGAAGCGGUGAAACACCAAGGAAGACAUCUGACUGAAGGUGCCAUUCGAGCAGCAGGGUUCUGGCUGGUAGGAGCCAAACGCUGCAUCAGCAGUCUGCUUCACAGAUGUAUCAUCUGCCGAAAGCUGAGGGGAAAGACGGAACAUCAGCAGAUGGCAGCCUUGCCAGCAGAAGGACUACAAGUAGCACCUCCUUUCACUUAUGUAGGUGUUGACGUUUUUGGACCAUGGGACAUAGUCACACGCCGCACAAGAGGAGGAACCUCCAACUCCAAAUGAUGGGCCGUGAUGUUCUCGUGCAUGUGUUCAAGAGCAGUUCACAUCGAGAUAAUUGAGGCAAUGAGUUCCAGCAGCUUCAUCAACGCCUUGAGGAGGUUCUUUGCCAUCAGAGGGCCAGCGACACAAAUCCGCUCUGACUGCGGCACUAACUUCAUCGGUGCCUCCCGUGGACUGGAGAUGGACAAGACCAAUCCAGGUUUCAACAGUGUGGAAAAAUACCUGAACACACACAGCUGCACAUGGGUGUUUAACCCGCCCGAGCGUCCCAUAUGGGGGGGCGCAUGGGAACGAAUGAUUGGCAUCGCCCGCCGUAUUUUGGACUGCAUGCUGCUUGAGCAAAGGAAGUCUCACCUGACGCAUGAAGUUCUGACGACGCUUAUGGCUUUUGACUCUUAAGACAGGCUCUUUGCCCCCUCAGAUGGAUUUAAAGAAGUGGAUCUCAUCAGAGAGGAGUGGAAGUGGGUUCAAAGCCUCGCAGACACGUUUUGGAACAGGUGGAGGCAUGAACAUCUCAAAACGCUGCAGCUUCGACAAAAGUGGCAGGAGAAACAGCCGAGCCUCCAGGACGGAGACAUAGUUCUUCUGAAAGACAAUCAAGCAAAGAGGAACCAAUGGCCAAUGGCCGCCAUCUCAAAGACCUUUCCAGGCGAAGAUGGCCUGGUUCGAAAAAUAGAAGUGGACGUUGUCAAGGACGGAAGCAGGAAGACAUUUCUUCGACCUGCUACAGAAGAUGUCCUGCUUUUCUCUCCAAAGACUGAGAGUGUUUGUUGAUGUGGGUUCUUUAGAGACCCCAGGCGGGAGUGUAAUGUUGCUUGAAUGUGUGUUGUGCUGCUUGAACGCGUCCUACUGAAGUGUUUUUGCGCUCUAGUGUGAGUUGUUUACAUCGGCGAGUCACAGAGAAACCGGAAGUUAUUGAGGGCAGAUUCGCGAGGUCCGUCAACUGUUCAGUUCUAAGCUCCUCUCCUUUCCUCCGUUUUCAUCCCUCUAGUCCAUGCAACGUCUGUAAGUGUUCAUACGUUGUUGUAUUGUUGUAUUAAGAUGAAGGUUGUUCAAGUGUAAUUAAGUUGUUAAAACGGCUAUGGCGCUAAUCGCUAAUGCUACACAAAGUUAGCUUCAUGUUUUCCGUUGCUAGCGGCAUUCUAGCUUGUUUGUGAUUAUAACGGCUAAAGCUAAUGUAGCUUAGCUCUACUGCUUGUCUGUGUGUAAGCCGUAACUCAUUGUUUUAUAUGUUACUGUAUCAUUUAUAUGUUACUGUAUCAGUUUCACAAGAUUCCUCAGUAAACUUGAAGAGGUGAAUCAACUGCGUCUGAGAGUUUAUUGGGGAGUGUUUAUACUGCUUGGAAGUAGCCCAUGACAAAGAGUUUAAAAAACAUAUUAAAUCAGAAACCUUUGUUAUUUCUUUACAGAACUACCCAUUUUUGAAAACUAUAUCUUAGUAUGUCUCAUAGGAUGGCACAGCCAGGCUACAUAUAUUCCUAUCAUAUCAAUAUUUUAGAGCAGUGGCUACAUCUGUAAAGCACUUUGUAACCCUGUUGUGAAAAACUCUAUAAAUUGAUAAUUGUUAGGAUUCAAUAAUAAGAAAAUCCUCAGUUUUCAGUUUGAAAACAACGGAUUUCUACAAAAGGACAGUGUUUCGAUUACACUUAAGGUGAGUUUUUCCCUGUCAAAACCAUAAUGAAGUUUGACAUUUUGUGGUAGAAAACACACACUUGAUUCAUGGAAACAUGAAAACAUAUUUGAGUGAAACUUUAUCAAACUCUUAAUUUUUAAGGCUGUACAUAAGAAAUUUCUUACUUCCCUCCAGAGUCCCUCACGGCCGAAAAAAGCCACUUUUUUUGUCUGCUGUAAAAUCAUAUUGGAUUAAUAUUUUUUUCUGAUUUUUUUUCACACAUCUCUUAUUUUACUUCUGCCCUGUUCGAAACUAGCAAAUGUUUCAUUGAAAACAAUUUUUUUAACCCUUUAAGUGCCAAUUUAAGACAAAAAGUCACUAAUAGGGCAAAAAAAUAAAGGAAAAUGACCCAUUUUUUUUAAUAAAACAUAAUCUCAUAAUCUCUUGCAGGGUAUCAAAGUCUUGAAUAUGUCAGAGUUUAGUAAUAUCAUUGACUUUUAGAAAAAAUUAAAAUGCAUCAAAGCCAAUGAUAUUACUAAUCUCUGACAUAUUCAAGACUUUAAUACCCUGCAAGAGAUUACCAGUUUCUGAUCAUGUUUUAUAAAAAAAGGGUCAUUUUCCUUAAAUUUUUGCUAUAUUUGUGACUUUUUGUCUUAAAUUGGCACUUAAAGGGUUAAAAAAAUUAUUUUCAAUGAAACAUUUGCUAGUUUCGAACAGGGCAGAAGUAAAAUAAGAGAUGUAUGAAAAAAAAUCAGAAAAAAAUAUUAAUCCAAUAUGAUUUUACAGCCGACAAAAAAAGUGGGACUCUGGAGGGCACAAAUUUGUCCUGGCUUUAUUAUUGACCUGGUGAAAAUGUUGAAUUCAUGUUUUCAAGUAGAAUUUCAAAUUAAGCUUAGAAAAAAAAAAUCAUCACAUUUGCUGCAGUAAAAAAAAAAUAUAUCCAAAUGAGUCUCUUGUUUUUUCGUCAAAUGGCCGAAUUCGGCCACAGGGACCCGGAAGGGUUAAUUUUGUCUGUUUUUGUUUUUCAAUAGAUUUACAUCUUUUGUAAAAACUAAACGCAGAGAUUUCUCACAAUAACAUGAACUUUUCUGCUGUUAAACAUGCAGGACAGGACCACAGUGGUCAGUGGUGGGCAGGACUUUAGCUUCAUCAUUCAAUGCAUCGCUUUUAAACUAACUAUUCUCAAAGUCUCGACGAUAACACAAGUUUGUAUGAUAAUAUUGUCAUGAAAUCUUACGGUCCCCAUGUCGUUGAUGUUGUCCUCUCUGUUCAGGUGUUUGUCGGAGGUGUUUGUCGGAGUUGGAGUCUUUAGUCGUCUGGGGAGGUUUUAUUUACGAUGGAGCUGUCAAAAGGUGAAAGCUUGUGAGCCACAGAAGUUUUUCGUGUCGAUCUUCAGAUUGAAUCUUCAGAAAUGACCAAUCUUUAUCGACUUGUGAUGAUUUAAAGUUUUUACAUCGUCACAGGUUAUCAUGGAGAUUUAAAAUGCUGUUUACUUUAGAAGACUUUUAAAAGACAUGAGAGCAUGAUGAACAGCGAGGUCUCAGACAUUGAGGUUGUUAGUGGCGACAUGGGUAAAAAGCUACACUUUAACCCCGUUAGAGCGGCAGUGGCAUUACAGCUGUGCAGAAAGCUUAAGGUAGACUAUAGACAGCAGUAUAGCAAAUUCACGGAUGUUUGUGAAUUAGGAGCUCCUUGUAAAAAUGUGAAGAUUAAAAGUGAUGGGAAUUGCUUCUUUAGGGCAGUCAGUGUAGCUGUGAGCGGUACUGAACACCAUCACGGAAGAAUAAGAGAAGUUGUAGUGAAUCACUUGCAAAGCAAUGAAGCUGCAUACGCCAACAUUCUGAGAAGGGGUUACCUUUUGGUGUCAGACUACAUUGACACAACUAAAAUCAGCUCUCUAGGAAGUUGGGCGACAGAGGUUGAGAUUCAAGCAACAGCAGAUUAUUUGGGUGUCAACGUAUUCACAUAUUACACUGACCGUUGGUUUCAGUACAGUUGCAACAGUGUUCGGGUCUCUAAACAGGGGAUUUAUUUAGCGAAUAGCAGCAGCCAUUACGAGACCGUCAUUUGUGUCACAAGUCCUCUGAAGCAGUCUUGUCAUGGCUACUGCAAAGUAGCCGUAGUUGCAUCAGAUACAUCCAAUUGUCUGACCUCAAAUUCUGCCUAUGCUGAUUCUACAUCUCAAUCCGAGAUUGCUUCACCGUCACCGACAUCGAUUCGUCCAGAUAACACAGUGUCUGUGAAUGACAACAACUACUGCGAAAAGGAGAGCGAUGAGCACGAGGAGGGGUCCCGCCGCUCUGAUGAGCAUAAGACUGCAAGGGACUUGACGGGCACGAGUGACCACGAUGUUGAUUUUUACCGAGAUACUGACAGUCCUCGGAGCCGCUAUGAGUAUGACAAUUACCGCAGUGACACUGCAGAGCUAGAUGUUGAAGGACACUUCAGUGAAGAUGAGGCCUGGGAGAAUAAUCCUGAUGAAGAGUAUGACCGCUAUGGCUUGCUAUCAAGGAGACAUGUAGAAAAAUAUAUCGUUGAAAAUAUGGGGCAUCGUCCCUAUGGCGAUAGCCUUGUAACUCCAAGUGACAUGGAGGAUACCACUGAAGCUGAUUUACCACAUAACAGCUUUGUUGAUCAGCGUGAACUUUUCAACCACUCUGAUGAGCAUCAAACUCCGAGAGACUUGAAGGGCACGAGUGACCGCGAUGCCGACUUUUACCGAGAUUCUAACAGUCCUUGGAGCCGCCAUGAGUAUGACGAUUACCACAGUGACACUUAUUAUUAUUAUUACUGUUAUUAUUAUUAUUACUAUUAUUAUUAUUAAAAUGUGAAUUCGUGCUGUAGCUUAUGCUUGCUUACAUAUUCUUGCUUACUCAAUAAAGAUGCGAAAACUGGCAAUUUUGCUUCAGAUGAUAACUUUAUUUGUGCACAUCACACCAUAGAUUACAACACAACGUUGUUUUAUGGCUGAAAGUCAUAAUGGUAGCUGUACCAAUCCUCAAAGGACAUCUCGUCAUUCAUCAUAAAAUUCAACUUUGUCCUUCUGAUCAAAACAUCAUUGCUCAACACUGUGGUAUCAGCUAGAGAUAUCAGGUCAUCUCUCUUCUCCCCUCCGUCUGCACAUUAUUAUUUUUUAUUAUUAUUUUUUUGUUAAUUUUAUUAUUAUUAUUAUUAUUAUUACUAUAUGUGUGUGAGUCUAGCCUGCCUGCCUGCCUGCCUGCUUGGGUGUGCAUGUGUGUGCGCGUGUGUAUAUAUUUCCACAUUGGGGACAGUGUGACCCAUGAGACGUGGGAUGCAGGUUUUUUUUGUUUUUUUUUACUGUGUGAGGACUACAGGACUUUUCACUGGGUCAAAAAGACCCCAGUCAGUGUGGACUGGGACAGUGUGACCCUUGA